CUCUCACUCUCUAAUUCACGAAAUUCCCAUGAGUUGAAGAAAAUGAGAAAAUACAGUGUGCAGGCAUUGCUACUGACAUUCGUUUCCUUCCUUUUACUCUUCCUCCUAUCCCCAUCCAUUCCUCAGCCUCAGUGGUACCAUCAUUUUGCUGACAACCGCAAUUUCUUUGGUAUUCCCAAUGCUCUAAACGUCAUAUCAAAUUUCCCAUUCAUGGUGAUUGGCCUCAUUGGCCUUGUGCUUUGCCAUCGAAGGAGCAGCUAUUUUAACAUAAGUUUGGAAGGUGAACUAUGGGGUUGGAAAUGCUUUUAUGCUGGUGUCACUUCAGUUGCUUUUGGCUCUUCAUACUAUCAUCUUCACCCAGAUGAUGCUUCCCUUCUCUGGGACAGAAUACCAUUUCACAAUUUUGAUUCUUUCAUUCUUGUUUGGUUGUUGGAGAUGACUGUUGCUUUCGCUUCACUAAUGGCAAUCCUCAUCAUUGAAAGGAUUGAUGCGAAGAAGGGAAUACAUGCAAUUGUACCUUUGAUUUUGAUUGGCAUAAUUAGCAAUGUGUAUUGGAGGUUCUUUGGUGACAUCCGUUUAUAUGUUCUAGCACAAAGUGCAGCAUGCAUUGCUGUACCUCUCAUGGCUACUUUAUUGCCUCCAAUGUACACACAUUCACCAUAUUGGCUCUGGGCUUCAGGAUUUUAUCUUCUAGCUAUGCUCCAAGAAACUACUGAUAGGGUGAUUUAUGCAUUCACUUUUCAUACUGUCAGUGGUCACACCCUUAAGCAUUUAUCUGCUGCAAUGGUUCCUGUCAUCCUAACACUAAUGCUUGCAAAGAGAAGUGUUUACUCGGAGAAGCUUUUGCAUGCAAAGACUGCUUAAAGCAUUUCUCAGGCCAAGAUUAAAUAAGGAGUUCAUCAUUCUCCUCCGCUUAGAAAAAAAAAACUUAUAAAGGAUAUUGCUAAGGGAUUUAGAGUAUAAAACAAGUUGCAGGAGUUUGUUAAAUAUUUUAUAUUUAACUUUAAUAUUCUGUGCUUUA